AAUGAAGCUUGCUGCUGUUUUCUUAGUGAUACUUUUGAGCUUAUCACUAGCACAAAGACCUUCUGCAAAACCUUACAAUAGAAGGAUUCCGAAUGAUAAAAAAUCAAUUGGAAUGACCUUCCAGGCUCCUCCACCAAAUGACACUGAUAAGUUCAUUCAAGGAUUUAUUGGAAUGAUACUUUCUGAAUUGAAAGACUUGCAUAUAGACUCUUAUCCAGUCGAGAAUGGAGAGUUCAAAAAUGUGGAUAUAAAAAUGAGCUUCCCUAAAGAGGAUGGAAUAACCUUCAGAGGUGAUCCAAAUGGGGAUGCCCUUCUCUUCAAACUACACAAUGUGAAGGCUACUAUUGAUACUGACAUGAAUCUUGAAGGAGGUACUGUCAAAGGAAGUGCAGUGAUUGACAUCGAUGAUAUGGAUAUUGAUCUCAAAACUACCCCUAUUAGUGAAGAUGGGGAAGACCAUGUUGACAUCCAAUUCCAUAUGCAUCUUAAAGAUGCAGAUAUUUCAGCAGACGUAAAUACACUUGAAUUUGAUGAUGAAAUGCCAGAAGGAUUUGAUCUUGAUGCUCUAAUUGGAGGAAUGAACUUCAAAAUUGGUGCAGUAAAAAUGAUUGAUGAAAAACUUGAGAAACAAACUAGCGAAAUUCUUCUAAACUACUUUGACGGUAUAGUUGAAGUUAUGAAAUCCCAAUACAAAAUUCCCAAGAAGGUAGAUAACAACAAUCUUGGAGACAUAAUAGUGAAUGCUAAAGCUACAUCAUUAAUGAUUGGAGGAGAUAAUUCCGUCAGGAUUGAUUACGAUAUGCAUACUGACAUGAUUCAAAAAUCAAAACAAGGAAUUAAAGAUCUGUUAGUCCAUCCCAACUUCAAAUCUCAAGGAGUUAUCGAAGGAGAAAAAGCCUUAGAGAAUACCAGAUCUGCUCUUAUUGAUGGAAAGCAUCAUGUUCUUAUUGCUCCUCAUUUAGUCAGCGGAGUAAUGUCAAACUUUGAUGAUAGUGGCGUAUCUUUUAAACUAGGAGGACAAACAAAGCUUCAAGAUAAAGUUAAACAAUAUUUUGGAAGUCAAAUUCAAUUUAACUGUGCAAAGCAUGAAAAUGAUACUCCAGAAUAUCAUGUUGAGAAAGAAACAAUUGUAGGGAAACAAAAAGUUUCUUGUUCUCUAUAUCCAGUUGGAUUCGAAUUCGAGCCACUUUAUCAAAUUGAUCUGAAUUUAGUAUUUACCAUUCAUCCUGAAUUAGACUCAGAUGGAAAAUCUCUCAAAGCUGAAUUUGGAGAUAUCCAAACUACCGAUAUCUCUGUUCAUGAUAAGAGAAUAGAGUUAAACACCAAUAUUUAUGAUAAGAUGGAGGCCCCUCCAAUGAUGUUUUUCGAUCCAUUCCAAGGAUUCAUUGCAGAAAUGGAUCUUCCAUUCAUAGACCAAUCUGAUCCAACUCUAACAGAUGAAGAUCAUAAAAGACUAAAGGCUUUUCAGGAGAUUUUCCAGAUUCCAGAAUUACUAGAUAAACCCCAGCUAGAUUUUGAGUUAAUGCCUGAGUCCUUCAUGAUGCCUCUUCCACCAGGCCUAAAGUUCGAUUCAAACUCUGAAGUCAAGGUGCAUGACAAUGGAGUUAUUGAUAUUUCUGGAGAUGUAAUCAGCGAAUAAUUUUAAAAUCUCCAUCAA